AUGGAUAUUGCCAGAGCUUGGCUGAGUAAGUUUAAGUCUAAAGGGAAAGAGAAAUCAUCCUCGAGAAAGAAGGAAAGUACUGUAAAGGAGGGAUCACAAAAAGCUGGAGGUGGUGAAGAAGCUGUGUCAAAUGUAACAAAGCAGAAGGCUGCAGCUGCGAAACAGUACAUUGAAAAUCAUUAUAAGAAGCAAGUGCAGAGUCAGCAGCAAAGACAAGAGCGACGCAAUAUGCUGGAAAAUAAGUUAGCUGCUGCGGAAGUCUCAGAGGAAGAGCAAAAGAAUUUGCUUAAGGAUUUAGAGAAGAAGGAAACUGAAUACAUGCGCCGACAGAGACAUAAAAUGGGAACUGAUGACUUCGAGCCUUUGACAAUGAUAGGAAAGGGCGCUUUCGGAGAGGUAAGGAUCUGUAGGGAGAAGGGGACUGGCCAUGUCUAUGCGAUGAAAAAGCUUAAGAAAUCUGAGAUGCUUCGAAGAGGCCAGGUGGAACAUGUUAAAGCAGAGAGAAAUUUACUUGCAGAGGUUGACAGCAAUUGCAUUGUAAAGCUGUAUUGUUCAUUCCAAGACGAAGAGUAUUUGUAUCUUAUCAUGGAGUAUCUACCUGGUGGAGAUAUGAUGACCUUGCUUAUGAGGAAAGACACACUUACUGAAGAGGAGGCAAGGUUUUAUGUUGGGGAAACUGUCUUAGCUAUCGAGUCCAUUCAUAAGCACAACUAUAUCCACAGAGAUAUCAAACCUGAUAAUCUGCUACUCGACAGAAGCGGUCACAUGAAAUUAUCAGAUUUUGGAUUGUGUAAGCCAUUAGACUGCAGCGUUCUCCAGGAAAAGGAUUUCACAAUUGCACACAAUGUUAGUGGGGCUCUACAAAGCGAUGGUCGACCUGUGGCACCGAGACGCACCCGCUCCCAAAUGGAACAACUGCAAAACUGGCAGAGAAAUAGAAGAAUGCUUGCUUAUUCCACAGUUGGAACUCCUGAUUAUAUUGCCCCAGAAGUUUUGCUGAAGAAAGGAUAUGGAAUGGAAUGUGAUUGGUGGUCUCUUGGCGCCAUUAUGUAUGAAAUGCUUGUGGGGUUUCCACCAUUUUAUUCAGAUGAACCAAUGACAACUUGUAGGAAGAUAGUAAACUGGAGAAAUUAUUUGAAGUUCCCGGAAGAGGUUAGAUUAUCACCAGAGGCCAAGGAUCUCAUCUGUAAACUUUUAUGCAACGUAGAACAAAGGCUUGGAACAAAAGGAGCUUACGAAAUUAAGGAUCAUCCUUGGUUCAAAGGUGUCGAAUGGGGAAAAUUGUAUCAAAUGAAGGCUGCUUUCAUUCCCCAAGUCAAUGACGAGUUAGACACUCAAAAUUUCGAAAAGUUUGAUGAGACUGACAAGCAAGUUCCAAAGGUGACAAAAUCAGGUCCAUGGAGAAAGAUGCUCUCAUCCAAAGACAUAAACUUUGUGGGAUAUACUUACAAGAACGUCGAAAUUGUAAAUGAUGACCAAUUACCAGGGAUAGCUGAGCUGAAGAAGAGGAGCACAAAGCCGAAGCGGCCAUCAAUUAAAUCCCUCUUUGAGGAUGAAUCAGCGAGUGGCACCACAAGUUACCAAGGAAGCUUCUUGAAACUGUUGCCACCUCAGAUCGAAGUUCCAGAGCAAGAAAGCAAAUCCGGCUCUUCCGGUGGCGAAUUCAAGGUUUUGAGAAAAAAAGAUACAGUUUCCUCUUGGCAAGAAGACUAUGGUGUGGGAUGGAUUGUUUUGAUUUUAUGUGGAUAA